UAGGCAGCAUUCGGUGUCGUUUCAGUUUGUAUUUCGCGGAUGUCGCGGGAGGUUCGUGCGUUCGCACCGUUGUCGGUGUUUGGAAUUGAGUGUUUUUGAAACAGCGAUCGGGCAUUGUGCCGGUAUUUUGAUUGUAAUAAAAAUAUAUCAAAAUAUAAUAACCUUGGCCAGUGGGUUCCAAGAGAUAAGUGAGUGAGAUCCUUGAGUUUUGUUGAGCUCGGAUUCGGAUUUCAGCCUCCCACAGAGGCGCAACAGUUGUUCCCGAAUAAGAUUCUGUAUGGUAAUAAUAUCCGUGUGUGUUUUGAAAGAGCUGAGCGAGAAGUUGGAUUUGUUAUUGGAAAGUACAAACAGCUCUCCCAUAGACACACACUCUCGAUGCGGCCGAGCCAACAAAUCCCCAACAAAUCUUAAACCAGUUUUAAGAUACAUAUUCUUGGUGUCAGUGUGUGCAUGUUGAUUUUUUCUGGCAUUGUUUUCGUUUUUUUACUCCGUGCUGCUGGCUCUGCAUCUUUUUUGUGUACCCGUACCCUUUUCGCUCGCCUCUAAUCGCGUUUCCAUUUUCUGGCCGCCGUCCAGAUCCGAGGUUUUGGGUUUGGGCUCCGAGCGAGCAACAAGUACCCCUGUCUAGUACCUAUAUCUAUAUCUAUACCCAAACCCACACCGAACCAAGUGCCCGCGUCUCGCUCCGCCUCCCAUCUGAAAACCCGAAAAGCACGGAAAGAAACGAGCUUAGAUUCUAACGAGAUCAGCACGCCAGUUGGUAACUCUGCCCCAAUUGGUCCAAUUUGAAUGCUGUACGAAGCACCUCCGAAAUCCGGCGAAGAUCGCAGAAGUAACUCCGAAAGACCACCAACAAAAGAAGUUCAAACAAUGUAACGAUAACCUAAACGAUCCAAACACAAUUGAAAGGCGGAAAAUUAUUGUAUUGCCCAAAAAUAAGAUUGGUCUGUUCAAUCUGUCUGUUCAAAAGCACUUCAGCGAAAUCAGCAUGUCUUCCGGCCUGAUGUCGUGUGUGAGGGAAAACUCGCCGCCGCUGGAAUCGGAGCUGGAUGCCAGUGGUGCCGGGGGACCAUUGUCACUGCCGGAGGGCCACGCCCACGCCCACGCAGUCACCUCUACGCCCAUCUCCAGUCCAGGAAACGAUGCCCACCAAUCCCCGACCGCCGAUCAACAGCAGCAGCAGCAGAAGCGUCGUCGAUUUCAUCCGCUCCGCAACCUGCGCCGCAUCUUCCGGCGACGAACCAUCAACAGCUCGGCGGAGAGUCCCGCAUCCUGUCAGUCGCCAGGACCAGGAUCCUGCAACACCCUGCCACCGCCCGCCAGCAGCAGCAGUGAGAAGAAUCUGCGCAGCGGCAUAGCCUCGCCACCAGGAUCUCCCCUGAACCCGCAGCAGCUGAAGGAGAACUACCAGACGCAGUCGCUGCCCAAGUCCAAGUCCUACGGAUCCCAUCGCGAUGAGCUGCUAAGCGUGCUCCUGGGCAAAAAGCGGGCCAGCAAGCAGGAUCACAGCCAGGUCGGCGGCGGACAGUCCCAGUCGCAGACGCAAUCCCCAUCCCAGUCGCAAGCCCAACAGGAAGCCAUGUUCCAGGCCCAGCGACAACAUGGCGGCGUGGCCGUCUUCCCAGAUUCCCUUGGCCUCACCCGGAGUAGCUACUUUGCGGAGCAGAGGGUCCAGCAACAGCGCCAUCUGCGCAGUGUGGGUGACUCCUCGCAGGAGCUGGAGUCCGGUUCGGGUUCGGGUUCGGGAUCAGGAUCAGGAGCUGGUGGCCCAGCCGACAUCUCCGACAGCCAGCGCAGCCUGAGCGAGGGGCGCCUCUUGGAUGUGGACGGGGACUACUCCCGAGAUACCCUGUCUCAGUCACAUGACAGUGUCUUCUCUGAAUCAGCCACAGCCAGCAGUCUAUCUAUAGUACUCAAGCCUCGUCUGCGUUGUGAGGCCCGCCGAAUGAUCGACUUUAAGCAGAAUCCCUUCAAGAUGAAGCUGGGCGGCUCAUCCGUGGGCGAGAGUCGCCUGGGACGCAGUUGUCUGCGGGCUCGCUUUGUUUUCCGCUGGAAAAGCUGGGCGGAACUCACGGAUGUCUUGCGCAAGCGACGCAAUAGACCCGAUGCCUCCGACGAGGAUUUGGGCCUACCUCGCAGUCCAGCUUCUCCACAGAGAAGGGCAGCGGGUGGCACUAGUAGCAGCAGGAAUACCUCGGCAGUGGGUCACCAGUCGCGGGGGCACCACCACAGCGAGGUCUCCUCUCUAAGCCUGGUGAGCGUCAACAGUGCCGAGGCGGAGACCGAGGACAGCCAGAGCAGCUCCCAUCACCACCGGCAGCACCACUCGCGGGUGUCCACCAGUUCGUCCAUCUCGGUGGGCUCGGACAUACUGCGAUCCCAUCACGAGGACGAUGUGGACGCCGUGGGCGGGGAACGCCACCGCCUUUCACACGCGGCGGCCAAGCACAAAAUGGCCAUCAGGCCGGUGAAAAAGAAGGGACCCACCAGGCAGCAUCGCAUGACAUUGGAGACUUCCAUUCCGGAGGCCAAUGAGGAUGUGCUGAAAAUGAGCCCUGGCUUGAGAGCUGUUCAUGAAGCCGACCUUAAGAGCAAGACGCGCUCCUUGCCACCGAAGACUCUGACUGCCAUUGCGCCACCUGUCCAGGUGAACGCCGCCAGCUCGGUGACCACCAAGCGUACCAAGACAAUCGAGCAGAGCUCCAGCAUCACCACAGUGACCAGCUCAUCGACGUCCUCCUCCACAAGCCACAUGUUUGGUCUUCGAGGAUUGACCACCAAGACCAAUGCGCUGCUGGAGAAUCGCGGAGAGUCGUCCACGGAUGGCGAUGACUUCCUGGCCCACGAGAGGGAGUCCAACGAGAGUGGCUUCCUCCGCCGCCUGAUCCACCGGAACUCCAAGAGAUCGAUAGCCAGGGCCAACGAUGGCGUGGAGGAUACGGACUCCAGCCAGAGUGUGGCUAAGAAACUGCAGAUCUCUACCUCCUGCCUGGAGGCAGCUGCUCGGGAGCCACUCCAAGUGCCGGAUAAGUCCCGCAGUGCCACCUCCCACGAGCAGCACAUCCAGGAGACGCGGCAGACGAUAAAGAGGGAGAUCCACAACGAGGGCAAGCACGGACUGAACGCCAUGGUCAGUAACUAUGGGGUUCAUCCACAUCCGCCCACGGCAUUGAAACCCAAAUCGGGUCCAGCUGCCAGGCAGCGAUACCUGCCCAAGGAACUGGGGGCUAUGCCACCGGCGGAGAAGCUCCCCUCGGGCAACGAUGUGACCAACUUGCUGUCGAAGAGCUCGCGGGGCAACGACACCUUCCAGUCCACCACUUUGGUGCGCGAACAGCAGACCAAAGUGGAGUCCUCGACCUCCUCCUCCACCGCCACCCAUUUCGAGAGGAAAGCAAAGAUUGUGGGCCUGAGCGCCUUCCAGCAGAAGCUGUCGCGAUCCAGCGACUCAGUGGGCCAGCACUCCAGCUCCUCCAACUCGUUGGAGACCAGCACGGAUGAGCCCUCGCCACUGUAUUACGAGGAGAAGCAGCGCAAGACGGUGGAGAAGUCGCGUAGUUUCCGCAACUACGAGGAUGACCCGGUGGACUCCACUUCGGUGCACAACAACAUGCCCAGUCUGCCGGACCUCUCGCUUAGUUUCCGGGUGCCUGCCUACUACAAGCAGACGCCCCAAUCCCCCAGCUCCCCGAUGUCACCCAAUGCCAAGUGUGUUUCCCUGGGAUUCGAGAUCAACGACAACAAGUUGCUGCAGUCCCGAGCUGAAUCCACUGGGCAGUUGCCAUCGGUGGUUAAAACGACACCCCAGAAAACCAUGGCCACCACAAAGCUGAUUGUGAGCAGUCCGGGAUCAGCGAAUAUCUCCCAGAUCGAGCAGAACAUCGACCUGAUCGUCAAGUCGCCCAUGGUGAGCGUCCUGAGGAAGUCCGGCCAUGUGGCGGAGAAGCUGCCCAAAGAGCCGUCAACUCCGACCAAGCAGCGGCCCAAGCUGCUGGAUCUGGGAGCAAAGAUCACAGCUCCGGCGGCGAGUCCUAGCCCGAGUCCGGCGAGUCCGCUGACCAAGAGUGCCAAGCUCUCCAACAGUCCGCCCACAACUCCGGCCAAGGGACAGAGCUCUUCAUCCUCCUCCAACAGUCGCAGGAACUCCAGCAAUGUGGAGGUGACCGGCGAGCCGGAGUUCAUGAAGAUCCAGCUGAAUCGCGUGGAUCAGGCGCGUCUGCACAACAAGGCCAAUCACCUGGUGCUGGCCAAGAACUUGAAGUCGCCCACGGAGAGGAGUCAGAGCAGCGAUGACCUCAGUUUCAGGCGGAACAGCGUUGAGAAUCUGGCGGGGAUCGAGAUUGUGGAGCACCCAGUUCAGGUGAAGCCUUUGAGCCCGGUGGUCAGGCCAACUACGCUGGAGCACAGCUUGGCCAGGCAAAUGAGAUCCGUGAGUGCCAAUAGUGUGAGGACGAGCUAUGGAAGCAGCAGUGAGGGAUUAGCCACACCGAUUACCCCUGCCACCACUCCAAGUAUGCCCAAGAGUAAUGGCUUGCCCAAGAGUAAUCCCACUACUCCGAGGAGUGGAAAGGAGGCCAAGGAGCCAGUCAGUCCCAGGGAGCCGUUGAAGAGCAAUCGCCUUUCGUUGGAGGACCGCAAGCGGUUGUUCCUCAGCGAGGAGCGAUCGAAGCCGGCGGAGCAGCGCAGGAAGUCCAUUACCAAGGCGGAGGUCACUCCAUCUGCUCCUGCACCAGCCACUCCUUCGGUGAUUCCAGCCACACCUGCCAUUCCAGCCGCCACUCCGGUGGCCUCGCCCACCACACCCGAAAUCUGCGAGGUCAAUGGCAACAUGGGCUCACCCACCUCCAAUCCCGUGGUGCUGCGCAAGAAAUCCUUUGCCAGCUGCAAUGGCAAUCCCAGUCCCUCCAAGGACGAUCCCACGCCGGAGCUGAUGAAGGUUUUUGCCCGCCGUUCGCUGAAGGUGAAGGAUGACGACGUGGUUACCCUGCCGCAGGUGCAGGCACAGCCUCAACCUUCAGCUCCGGUGACCGGCAGUAAGAAGCUGCAGCCCAGUGGAGGAGGUGGAGGUCAGAGCGUGGACAGCGACAAGGAGAACCAGUCGAACAGCGAGGAGAAGCUGGACAAGCUGGCGCCCAAGAGCGAGUCCCAGGGCAACCAUCAUCCCAGCAGCAAUCGCAACUCGGUGGCCGACUUCCGCAAUCUCAACCAUAACCACAACAACAAUAAUCUUCAGCAGCAGCAGCAGAAGGUGCCGCCCAAGGUGGUCACCUAUCUGCCCCCCAUCAAGACGAACAAUCAGGGACGCAACAGCCUGAAUAACAAUAAUCCAAGUGCAAAGCCCGCGGGGGAAAGGUUCUCCCUGCAACUAAAGCAGGCCAAUCCUCUGGCCACCACCCCAUCCUCUCCAGCAGCAGCAACACCUGUUGCAGUCGCCGCAGCAACACCUGCUGCAUCAUCUGCAGCCGGAACACCCAACAAACCCAUCGAGAGGUCCGCCACCGUGGGCGAGUUCAAGGGAAUCCACCAGAGACGCGCCGAGUGGGAGCAAAGGGCCAAGGAGGCGCUUAAGUAGGGGACUCUUUCAAGGAUCACCCGAUCCCCGAGCGGACCAGACUGUACCUAGCCUAGCUGCAAUCCAAGUGCUUUUGUCUAGUGAUGCCCUCGAGCGAACCGGGAAGGCAACAAAAUUACUAAGGGAAUAAUCAAAUUAUCAUUAUAAAAAAACACAUUAGCUAAAAACCUGUAAAGAAUCGCAUAUGAAAUCAAAGUUUUGGGCGCCGGGCUGGCCGUAGGUCAUCCAAAGACAAAAGCGACCUGCUCGGGUCCGGCUCCCUAGAACACACUCUAUAGGCAAUAACUAUAUACCGAUCUUCAAAAAGUGACUAGCGUAUACUUAUUUUUAGUCUAUCCAGCGUAUCGUUUACAAAUUGGGCAACUAAGCUUCGAUUCGAAUUUGUUUUGUGCAUGUCGAGAAAUGUUACGAGUAUGAAAUAAACUAAAGUGCAACUAACUUCUAACUGACAUAAAAAAGCAUGAGAAAAAUCUUAAGGACUGUGAGUAUAAUUACGCGAAGCAAGGAGCCUGAUAUUCGAAACAUUUGAUUUACUUUAAGUUGAUACUUGCAAGCUUUUAAUCGGUAGGAGAGAAUGAUUUUACUACUUAGGCUAACUAUUAUUACUUUCUACCUUGUUUAUGUAUAAUUAUAACCUUCGAAGUCUGCUGAGAUUACGGAUUGCAGAUACAGUGUAACGUGUGGAAAUCCAAACAUAUUCACGCCCAAGUGUAUUUAAAACAUUGCGUUUGUACAAUUGUUGUCGAGGGGACAAGUUUGUAAAUGUACAUACAAAUAAAUAAAAUCGAACUAAUAAAUAUCCAAGCAAAAAAAAAACUUA